CACCCACUGUCGGAGACUUCGCUGCUCCAGGCCAAUUGUUGCACAGAAGCGUUGAGGCUGUGUCGGCCAUCUUUGUGACGGUCACACGGCCGAGUACACAGACUUUGCUGCUAUUUACUGCGAAUGCUUGUUUGAUUAUAUGACCCACCUGAGCCGCCGUCUUUUUAUUCACCGCGAAGCAUUGUGAGCAAUGCAUGUGAGCUGGGUUAUUAUUAAAUAGAAGCCAUGAGUAAAAGGAAUCCAGCGAGUAAAAGGAAUCCAGUGUCGUAUGUGAAGCCUGCAGAGCCCUCUUUCCUCAGAAAAUUCAAGAAGGAUGUUGGAUACAAAGAAGGUCCAACUGUAGAUACCAAGCGACAAGAGCUUCCUGUGACAGCAGAUGACAGUGAUGGCAGUGAUAAGGAGGAUGAACAGCCGCAGGUCGUAGUGCUUAAGAAGGGCGACCUUUCAGAAGAUGAGGUUAUAAAAAUUAAACAACAAAUCAAAGAAAGUACAAAAGAUGAGGAGCCAGUACCUGCUGAUGGAAAGAUCAUGUUUAGAAAGCCAGAAAAACGAUCCACUGGUGACAAGUUUUCUGGUAUAAAUACAUCUUCUAGUAAGAAAAAGAAACCAGAAGAAACCACAGAGUCUUCAUCUGUCAAAUCCAGCCAAAAACAAGUGAGGAAUAGCAGCUUACUCUCUUUUGAUGAUGAUGAAGAUGAAGAUUAGACCAUGGCCUUCAAGAAAGCCGGAUUUUCAUUUUAUUAAAAUUGCUGGGAUCUACAGUACUCCUUCCAAGUUAUCCUGCUGAAACCACUAAUGACGUAUUCAAUUUCUGCAGUACAUUUUGUUAGUUUUGAUAAUAAAUCCUUGUUUAGAAUAUUUCCUAUUACCUGUUAUAAGUGAGUUACAGGCUUACAUUGAAAUAUAAUACAGGUUCUAUUUAAUUAAGACAUACUGUAUUGUAAUACAUUCAGCUAGAGGAAGUGGAACAAAAUGCAUAGAAAAAAUACUAUGAUAUGUUGUCGGAGCCUGGUCUGUGUUUUGUUCCCUUUCCUGAAAUUAGAGAAUAAUAAUUGUUUACACAUGGAAAAUCCAUCACGUGUUCGAAGUGGCUACCAUUAGUCAUUCAUUACCACCUCUUAAGGCGAGAUUCAUUUAUAAACUUUCCUGUUAGCUGGCACUCAGUACUGCAAAUUACGGGUAACUUACCACUUAAUGGAAAAUAACUUUACAUGUUUUUUAAUGGAUUUUUAAUGGAAUAGGUUUCAUUAUUUUCAGUUUAUCUACAAAUAUUUAAACAGUGUCUAAAGUUGAAUCAUUUUCUUUUGUUUUGUACAAGUUUUUCUGCAUUUGAGAUACAUUUGUGUAUAUAAAUGAAGUGAUAAUUGUACGGUUGAUAUGCUGUUCUCUGGCUCUGACUAAGAGCAGCCAGCAACAAAUGUAUGAAUAAACUCAGUCUUUUCUCUGAUAAACCCUCUGCCCUAUGUAACUAUUGUGUAAGUGGUGUAGUACAGAGGAUGGCAUAGAUUUUUUGUUUAAAUCUGUGUGCUUUAAAUCUCUUGGAAUUAGUUUAGAAGGAAUGCCAUACACCGUUACACAUUUUGAAAACCUUGGGCCUAUGUGUGUUUAACGUGAAAGGCUGUCAUGGAACCAUAAAUAAUUUUAUGUGAAAAUAAAAUGCAAUUUACUUAAAUUA